AUGAGGAGCUGCCGGUGCUCACACCGCAUCGCCGAGUUGCUUCUUCCCGGGCUUGUCCCAGGAAGGUGGAACAGGGAGGAGACCAACAAGGCCCUGGAAGCCAAAAUAGACAAGGCCUCCCAGGACCUCGACAAUAAAAUGAAAGCUCUGCAUGAAGAUUUCAAAAAAUUACAGGAGAUCAGAGCAGAGCUGGAGAAGAUCCCAGAUGAGGAAAUUGCAAUGGAACUGAAAUUCAAGUUAAAGAAGACUGCCCGGGAGCUCUCCCGAAGAAUUAAAACUCUGCAAGAAGAUGUAAAGAAAUGGCACGAGACCAUAAAGGAUGAGCUUCGUGUUUGCAGACCAGAGCUGGAGAAGAUCCCAGGAUACAAAGAGGAAGAUAUUGCAGGGAUCCUGGAAUCGAUGUUGAAUAAGAACCACAGGCAGCUCUCCGAAAGAAUUCAAACUCUGGAAGGAGAUGUAGAGGAAUGGUCAGAGGGAACAUGGGAUGAGCUUCAGCUUCGCAGACCAGAGCUGGAGAAGAUCCCAGGAAACAAAAUGGAGCAAAUUGCACAGGCCCUCAAAUCUAUGUUGAAGAACUGCCACAGGCUGAUCUCCCAAAGAACUCAUACUCUGGAAGAAGAUGUACAGGAAUGUCUGGAGGCCACUAUGGAUGAGCUUCGGCUUCACAGAGCAUAG